AUGUCCUUCUUGUUCAACAAGUACAAAAGUGAAGAGCAGUUGGAGAAGAAGGUGAGAACGCUGCAAGAUCUACUAAUUAGAGCUCAUAUGAUUGUGGAGGAGGCCGAGGUGCGAUACAUCACCAACUCAAAGAUGCUGCUUCAGCUCAAGAAGCUUGUGGAGGUCAUGUACCAAGGCUACCUUGUCCUGGACACCCAACAGCCUACACUGGAUAAUUUGGAAUCUGUUCUUUCAAAUAUGAAAGAGUUUGUAUUUCUUCUCCAAGGAUGCGAACUCAUGUUCCGCAGCCCCUAUGACUCGUAUCUUUACAUAGACAACUUCAUGUUUGGUCGUCACGUAGAAAAGCAGCAGAUUAUCAAUAUCUUACUGCAAGAUAAUCCUCCUCCCUUCACUCCCACAGUGCUCCCAGUGAUAGGCGGUGUUAGAGUCGGUAAGAAAACUCUGGUUGCACAUGUGUGCAGCAACGAGAAAAUCAGGUCACAGUUCUCUUCAGUCCUGCACCUGACUGGAGAAAACAUUUGGACAAUGGAGCAUGACGCUGCUCCUGUUAUACCAGCACCAGCAGGGAAGUCUUUGCUCGUGGUUCACUUUGCAUCAGAUGUGGAAGAUGAGGUGUGGCUCAAGUUUUACUCAUCAGCAGCAAAACAAAUGGGCAGAGGAAGCAAGAUCGUAAUUGUCAGUAAGAUUAGGAUGCUAUCGAGGCUCGGAACUGUACAGCCAAUCUAUCUUAACAGCUUGUCGCACCAGGAGUACAGCUACCUCUUCAAGGUUCUUGCGUUUGGAAGCACAAACCCAGAAGAGCACCCUCGGUUAGCAUCAGUAGCACAAGAUCUAGCAGAGGCCCUGAGAGGAUCACUCGUCACGGCGAACCUGUGUGCUCAUUUGCUACGGAAGAAUCAGCAUGUUGGCGCCUGGCUCUGCAUAUUACAAAAGUACAGCAAUGUGGUGGAGAACAACAUGUCAAUUUUCGGUGUGCAUCCGAAGAAUCUAAUGGACAAAGAGCACCCAAUAUAUAUAACCAGCCUCGCACCGUUGUCAUCAUCGCGUAUACUUCGCCUGAUGCCCCCUCAUAGAGAAAUCGAUGCCUCCAAAGGGCGAUUGCCAAAGGUGAUGUUUGGAGAUCUGAUUGUAGGCUCAGCUGUUCUGCCCAAGGAGGAAUUUCAGGUGGUCGUGUGGGAAUCACGGAUACCCCCUUACAAAAGGUUUGUUCAUCUUGCUACAUAUUGUGAUGAUGAGCCGGUGGUCUCUUCUCAGCAUCAUACAGCAUCACCUAGCAGGAAGCGCAGACGGUUAGAUAAAUAA